AAUAUUGUGUAGAACAACACUGUAAACUAGUCGGCGAUUUGUUUUGCAAAUAUGUAUUGUGAUUUUUAUGAUAGUACAUAAGAAAUGAAUUUGUUUAUUAUUUAUUUGCCAUAAACUGUAGUGUUUUGUAAAAUUGUCUUAUUGUGAAGCUUAGAGAGUGCCCAAAAUUAAGGCGCCAUGAUAUGCCAAGCCCAUUAUCCCUGUGUAAUAGUAUUUUUUUAUUUAUUUUUGACAUAUCAAAUAGUUAGGAGCAACCCCACAGAGGAAGACAACAUAACCAUCGAAGUACUUAAACAUGAGCACCCAAAUCAUUUGCCAUUAGGAGAAAAUAUUACCAUUAUUUGUAAAACCAAAUGGACAUUAAGUAAAAUGAUGUGGACGUUUAAUGAAAACAAUAUAUCGGAUCAUAAAGGUUUUAAACUGGAGAUGGACAGUGAAAAUAUAAAUAAAGAGUCGGGAAACAAAUUAGAAGUGUCAAUUUUACAUAUAUUGAAUAUAAAUUUUGAUCAAGUUGGUUACUAUAAAUGUCAUGCUCUAAUGAAAACUAAUGAAACAUAUAUCGAUUUGGAUGUUCGUUCAAUUUUACUAAAUGUUACUUCACCUGCUCAAAUAGUACAAAUAUCUCCACGAAUAUAUAAGAAAAUUCAUGAGAAAGCGGAACUAUAUUGUGUUGUCAAAGGUUAUCCCAUUGAGAAUAUAAAAUGGCUUAAAGAUAAUGAACCUCUCCUUGAAGGGUGGGAGGUACAUACUAUAAAUCCUACUCACAAAAAUACAAGCUUGAAACUAGAAGUAACUAAAAAAGAUAAUGGAACUUAUACUUGUAUAGUAAACACAUCAAUAUCUAGAGCAAAUGGGUCUACUGAAAUUUUAGUACUUGAUAAACCUCAGAUAGCACUAGAUGUCGUUAAGCCAAUAGGAAUAAAUAAAAUAUUUCUGAACUGGACUGUAAAUGAUGGAAAUAGCCCAAAUGACAUAAAGUAUAUAAUUCUAUAUAAAUCAGGUGACGAGAAAGAUUGGGUUUAUUAUCAAGCCAAAAUAAACAGCAGCAGUCGUUCAUUAGUGUUAAAUGUUAAGAACAACACAUUAGCUUCUGGUAAAAAUAGCACCACUUAUAAAGUUCGAAUUAUUGCUGAAAAUUCACAAGGUCCCAGUCAGCAUGCUACAAGUAACUUAGUGAAAAUGUUAGAUGAAGAACCGAUUUUUGUACCAGAAGUAACAGCUCCCGGGGCAACAACAAAUUCGAUAAAUAUCAAAUGGACUUCUCCACCCGAUAAAUUUAAAGAUCACAUCCAUUAUUACAACUUAAUUUUAAGGGCUUACAAUAACUCCCAAAAAUUUGAGGCUAUUCAACCAGCAAAUAAAGACUACUUGUAUAUGUUUUCUGAUUUGAAUCCUGCAACAACAUACUAUAUUCAAGUGGCUGCAUGUAGUGAUUACAGUAGAGAAUGUGGGCCAUGGUCUAAAAUAAUAAAUGGGACUACAAUGGAUGGAGUAGCCGAUCCACCCUCAAAUGCUUCUGUGGAGUGUAGAUUUGAUAAUAUCAGUCAUACGAACUUUGUUUAUGUGUCUUGGCAGCCUCCUUCACAUCCACAUGGUACAAUAGUGUCAUACAAUGUUAAUUUAGAAGGUACUGCCUCAUUUAUUAACGAACAGGGCCUUUUGGAAUAUGUUACAUGGGGUCCAAAAGUAACCAGUACCAGUGAAAUUACGCUAAGUACGCGAUUUUAUAAUGUAUCUGCCAAUACAAACUACACUGUGAGGAUAUCGUGUGUCAACCGUCUUAGAAAAAAUGGACAGUCUGUAACUUUAAAUUGUACUAUGCCUCCAACAACUCCUGAUAAACAAAAAUUGGCACGAUUUCACUGGAAAAAGAUGGAAGAUCAGGGUAAAUGGAUGUUUAAAUUGAUUAUGCCUAGAGUUUCGGAAAGAAAUGGGCCAAUUUGUUGUUACCGGAUUUAUCUUGUAAGAAUGGAAUCCCAGCAAAAACUCUCUGAUUUACCAACACCUGAAGAUUUGACUAUAGUGUCUUAUCAAGAGGCACAUCGAACUCCUAGAGGUGGAGCAUAUGUAGCAGAAAUGUUUACAAGUUCUACUUUCCAUCCAGAAGUAUUUUUGGGAGAUGAACAGGUUUUUAACUCUACGAAUACGCAAUGUGAUGAGUGCAUUGGACUAAGACCGUAUAACACACCAAGAGAAGAAAAGGUUAAUAAAAAUGUUACUAAUUUAGCCAAUAGAGUUAGAAGAAAUGAGAUGCUUGACCCUUUACAACCGUACGAUGGAAAUUUGGAUAUUAACAGCAACUACACUGGUUUUGUGGAAAUUAUUGUUCGUGGUGAAGCAAAACCAGUUUUUUUGACAGUCUACAGUAAUUACUUAGACAUGAUGAAUCCUGGUCCUGAAGUAAUUGCUGCACCGGCUGCUGGAGCUUUAAGUUUAAUUGUACAAGUGUUGUGUGGGCUGGUGGUAAUAAUUCUUGUCCUUUUGGGAGCAUUGUGUAUUUUGCACCGCUAUACCAAACAGGCUCAUGCUCAGGCUGUGGAAAUAACGUUCAGGUCAUCGUUACGGAGUUUAAGGGGUCGUCAGAGACUUGUGUCUUUAAAUCCUCCUGAUAUGAGUCCGAUUAGCAAAGCUGAUCUAAUUUCGGCCUACAUUGAACAUCAUCGAGAUUCAGAUUAUGGUUUCCAACAAGAAUUUGAACUUUUACCAGAUCGGUUUUCAGAUAGAACAACACGAGCCUCUGAUACUAGAGAAAAUGUUUACAAGAAUAGAUAUCCCGAUAUUAAAGCCUAUGAUCAGACAAGAGUAAAAUUGUCUCAGGUUGAUAGUAUUGCUGGGUCAGAUUACGUAAAUGCUAAUUUUGUAAUGGGAUAUAAAGAACGGAAGAAAUUCAUUUGUGCUCAGGGACCGAUGGAUACUACAGUGAAUGAGUUUUGGAGGAUGAUUUGGGAACAGCAUUUAGAACUGAUAUUAAUGUUAACGAAUCUUGAGGAAUAUAGUAAAACCAAAUGUGCUAAAUAUUGGCCUGAUAAAAGUGAUGGAGAUAAAUGUUUUGGUGAUAUUACAGUUACUCAUCUUCAGGAAAUGAGAUAUUCAGAUUACAUUGUUAGAGAUCUGAAAAUUUGUAAACAUACUGCUGGUAAGGAACCAGAAGAAAGACAUAUUACGCAGUACCACUACUUAGUGUGGAAAGAUUUUAUGGCACCGGAACAUCCUAAUGGCAUUAUUAAGUUUAUUAAAAGGGUUAAUGAGGCUUACUCUGCAGAGAAGGGCAGCAUUUUAGUGCAUUGUAGUGCAGGAGUUGGCAGAACUGGAACAUUGGUUGCUUUAGAUUGCCUCUUACAGCAGUUAAAGGAAGAAGGACAGGUGUCUAUAUUUAACACAAUUUGUGAUUUGCGGCAUCAAAGAAAUUUCCUAGUGCAAUCAUUGAAACAGUAUAUAUUUAUUUACCGUGCUUUAAUGGAAGUUGCUCAAUAUGGCGAUACGGAAAUAAACUCUAAUGAGUUAAAAAGUACUCUAGAAAAAUUAAGACAGUGUGAUAAUGGCAAAACCAAAUGUAAGUUAGAAGAAGAGUUUGAGAAUAUAAUUAAUGCAUUUGAGGAUAGAAAAUCUUGCUCGGUGGCAAGUGGAGAAGAAAAUAAGGAGAAGAAUCGUUCUGACAGUGUCAUUCCGUAUGAUAGAAAUAGAGUUAUAUUAACACCGUUAUCGGGGAAAGAACAUUCCACAUACAUAAAUGCUUCAUUUAUUGAAGGCUACGAUAAUACUGAAUCAUUCAUCAUUACCCAAGAUCCUGUUGAGUGCACUGUAAACGACUUUUGGAGAAUGAUUUCAGAGCAGGGAAUUAGUGUUAUUGUUAUGCUAUCUGAAAUAGGCGAAGGGAAAUGCCCGAGAUAUUGGCCAGAAGAUGAAUUUAACUAUGAUCAUAUCCACGUUAGGUAUAUUCAGGCCGAAAGUUGCCCUUAUUAUACUAGACGUGAAAUGUUUAUUAAAAGUCGGGAUGGCGAAGAUCAACGUGUGACACAUUUGCAAUACCACGGCUGGCCAACGGUUGAUGGGGAGGUACCCGAAGUAACUAGAGGAUUAAUAGAACUUGUUGAUCACUCACAGUCUGCACUAAUUAAAAACGGAUGUUCGCCUUCCAUGGUUGUCCAUUGUAAUUUAGGCUCUGACCGAAGUUCCAUGUUUAUUGGACUUAGUAUUCUUGUACAGCAGUUGAGAACAGAAAAACGAGUAGACAUUUUCACUGUAACUCGUAAAUUACGCUCUCAGAGGCAAUCUUUAAUCAAUUCAUAUGCUCAAUAUGAAUUUCUUCAUCGAGCUAUUGUAAAUUAUGCAGAACUACAUGGUCUUUGUGAAACUUGAAUGUUAAAAGUUUGUGCCAUAUAACUUCUAUAUUUCAUUCCAAAAAGCCAUUGAUUGGUCUCACUGAUAUUUAGGUAUUUUUAUAUAAGUAAUAUAUAUCUUAAGGGUGAUGUAAAUUAGUUGAAAAUAUUUUGUUUUCUAGUUGAACACCAAAAUAUUUUCUUUAAAGCCAAAGGACUCGAGUGUAGGUUUUGUUUUUGUCACAAGUGAAAACCUUAUUUUCUUGAGUAGGUUAAGAAAAUUCAUGCUUUGCUCAAAUUUGUGCUGCCACAUAAAUAAUUUUUUGAUGGCGAAUAAAUUAACACUCGUUUUAAAUAGUUUUAAAACAAAUCAUAACUUAAAUAAAAACUGAGUUUUUAUUUUCGAUUAUAUAUGCACAUUUUAAAUGAUUGUGAAGUAUUUGUGCCAGUUUUAUCAGGGAGAAUGUAUUUGUGCUACUUCUCGUGGUGUUAGUGUCAUAAUGUGCAAACUGGAAUCUGCACAAUAUUGUAAUAUAAUUUUUGAGGAACUUUUUCCAGGUACAAAUAACUGAAUCUCUUUUUUAUAUUUAUAUUUAUAUAUAACAGUAAUCAAGUUUUAUAUAUUUUAUUAGAGAACUGUCUCAUUUAACUUUACAUUUUUUAUUAUCUAUUGUAGAAUCACAAAUUUGGCAAAUUUUUCUGACUUCAUAUCAAUAAAGGUGUUAUAUACAUGUUUAUAACGAAAAUUUUAUGUCGCUCAGUGAAGUAUUUGUGUAAAAGUUUUAACUGUAAUAUUUUUUUAAAUAAAAAUAGUGAAGUUAAAUGUGGUAGAUAUUAGAAAAAUACUCAAGUCUAACAUGCUUAAGGAUGUAGUGCUUUAAUUUGCUUAUUGUACUGUGUAAAAAAUUAUUAUUUUAUGAUCGUGAACGUCAUUUGUAUGUUAUAGAUAUGUGUAUAUAAUUUAAAUAAUUUGCUGUUUAUAUUUAGGAUACAAAAUUAAGACUGUAUAUGCAAGUGAUUGCAGCUGAAUAUAUUAAUUAUUAUAUAAAUUUUUAUUUCUUUAUUUUAUAA